GUUUUGAUAACGCCAUUCAUCGGUUGAUUUCCAAGAAGAAUUUUGUGUAGUGGUGAAUGUGAAUCAAUUAACAUCUUGUUCAUCCAUAAUCAAUUACGGAUAAUUCAAAAUGAGUACAGGAAUGCCGGAGCUGGGCUCCAAAAUAAGUCUAAUAUCUAAGGCAGAUAUUAGAUAUGAGGGACGUUUAUUUACAGUUGACCCCCAAGAAUGUACUAUAGCUUUAUCCUCUGUGAGGUCUUUUGGUACUGAGGAAAGGGAGACAACAUGUCCUAUUCCUGCUCAAAAUCAAGUCUACGAUUACAUUUUGUUCCGUGGCUCGGACAUCAAAGAUAUAAGGGUGCUUAAUAGUGUUCCACCUCAAGCUCUCAAUGAUCCUGCCAUAAUGCAGCUUUCAGUACCGCCAUCUUUAGGGCAUCAGCAGUUUGGUGGACACUCAGUUGUAGGACAUAUAUCUGUACCUACUAUGGCACAAUAUGGAGGAGCUUUUGGAGGUAUGGGAAUGGGUGCCAUGCCUAGUGGAUUAGCUCCUGGCAUGGGUGUACCCAAUAGGGGAUUAUCAAGCAAACAAAGUGAGUUGAUCAUGCCAGGUUCUACUACUGAAACUGUCAAUGUUAUUUCUCCACACGUUGAACCCACUAGGCCCACUACAAAUGACGCAUUUUUAGAUAACAUAAUUGGAGCCUCAAGAAGUACAACCCCAGUCAGUUUACAUUCCCACAAGUCAUCAGGGGUCGAUCAGAGCGUACAGACUGGAAAUUCGUCUAAAAAAGAUGACAAAAAAGGUGGAUCCAUGCAGGGCCAAAAUCAACAGAGGAACAACGAUUCCAGAAGAAGGGGUUCGAGGUCACGUGAAAGGAAUGACUCCAGAGGUCAAUCUGGCGAAGGACAGGAUCAGUCACAAAACCGUCAACAAUACAGGGGUGUACGGAAUCAAAAUUAUCAGAACUACGGCUAUCAAUCCAGAGACAUGGGAAUGAACCAGAGAGGAGGUUGGAUUCAGAGAGGGCCACCGAGAGCACGUGGUGGCAACAGGCCGAGAGGAGGACAGGGCGGAUACAGACCUAUGAAUCAGAACCAGGGCGGACUCAAUCCCAACCAACAGGGUGGCAAGAAGAAGAACACAUUGAAAUUCGAUAACGAUUACGAUUUCGACAAAGCAAACACCGAAUUCGAAGAGUUGAGAAGUCAGUUGUCGAAGUUGAAGGUUGACGAAGCCAGCAGUACAGGAACAACAAAAUCAGAGGUUACCAACACAACACUGAGCGUCAUCAAUGGUGAAAGCGAGAAAAAGGAUGAUUCUGGUAAUGAAACGGGGGCAGGUGAAACAGAGCAGGAGGAGGAGCACGAGGUAUUCUACGACAAGAAAAAGUCCUUCUUCGACAAGAUUUCUUGCGAGGCAGUGGAAAGGGCCAAGGGUAAAACGCAGAGAACGGAUUGGCGUCAGGAACGCAAACUCAAUUCGGAAACGUUUGGAGUUGCGGCAACGCGGAGGGGAAAUUUCAGGGGACGUGGCGGUUUCCGAGGUGGCAUGGGUUACAGAGGGGGCUUCAGGAACGGUUAUCGGCCACAACAACAGCGAAGGGAUCAAGGUGGCCCAGGUAAAGUGACGUAUCCCAUCAUGAAUUACAAGCCUCCUACUCGCACGCCAAUAGUAGAAGACGCGACUUCGGAAAAAACCACUUCCGUUGUCGAAACGACGGAAGCCAAAGUAGAAGAGGUCGAACAACCUCAAGUAGAAGUUCUUGACUUGACCAAUUUGAUCGAGACAAUCGAAGCAUGUCCGGGACUUGCCGAGGAGUCGGUUGACCAAAACAACCCGCCCGUUGAAGUCGAGGCUAACAAUUGAUACAAUACAAAGUAUAAAAAUUGCUGACACAGGAAGGAUGAUUUGAAACUGACUGAUCAAAAAUCGGAAAAUAAAAUAUCAGUAGUUCAGAUACAUUAAGAAUUCUGUGAUUUCUUGGUACGCAAAAUUUAAACGGGAAUAUAGAUCUUGGUUGAGUAUUUAUCGAAAUUAUUACCUGGCGUCAGUGUUAAAUUGCAAUUGAAAAGGCGUACCUUAAGUGAUAAAACUUUUAUUUUAUAUACAAAAAGGCAGAAAAUUUAAAAAGAAUGUGGUUGUACUAACUGCCAAUUAGGAAUAAUCAUUUCAUUUUUUUUAAAUUAAACUCAAACAAAAGGUUCAGUUAGAACGGUUUUUGAGUUAGUCGGAAAUGUAUGUUUGAUUUGUGGGUGAAAUUCUUUUCUGUGAAAAAAUUUUGGUUCUAACUGGUUGACCUUUAAUACACAAAAUCUGAUUGUAUUAAAACAUUGGUUGUUAUAAUAUAUUGAGAUAAUAGGUACUGUUAAUCAUAGACUUUGUAAUAAUGUAAUAAAUUUGAAUAAUUGUGAAAUAAAACUUCGUACUAAAA